UGCUGACUGCGGGUCCGCUAACAACUUGAAUUAAAGUUGUAAAAAUAUGUAAAGGACGUUGACCCUGAUGCUUCCUGUUCAGCAGCUUCUUCUGUGAGGCUAAAUUUAGCUCUCACUGUCUCACUCUGGAUUUGCUGACAUGCGAGUACUCACUUCCUUUUUUUGACGGGACAAGUCUGCUCAGGAGAGAGAGAAAGACAGAGAGAGAAGGAUCACUACGAGCUCAUUAUCAUGCAGCUGACUAUCAGUUUGUUGUGAGAGGUGUUUGACAGCAGCAGACAUGAAGGCUGGAGUGAAGACAGGAGUUUUGGGGAGAGCUGCAGCUACUUGCAUCCUGACGCUGUGUCUCAGCUCUUUACAUGUGAUCGCCCUCAAAUCACAGCUUUUCACCAGACACGGUGGGUUGAGUUCCUCCACUGGGACCCCCGUCAGCUAUAAAACACUCUACUUUGACCAGAGGAUUGAUCAUUUUGGAUUCCUAGAGGAUGGCACCUUCAAACAGCGAUACCUCGUGGCUGACAAAUACUGGCAUCACCCGGGUGGUCCCAUUUUGUUCUACACUGGCAAUGAAGGAGACAUCGCCUGGUUCUGCAACAACACUGGCUUCAUGUGGGACAUUGUGGAGGAGAUGGGCGCCAUGCUAGUUUUUGCAGAACAUCGUUACUAUGGGGAGUCACUGCCAUUUGGACAAGACUCUUACAGUGAUGCCAAACACCUAAACUACCUGACCGCUGAGCAGGCCCUGGCAGAUUUUGCAGUGUUGAUUCAGAACAUGAAGAGCACUGUAUCUGGAGCUCAACACAGCCCAGUCAUCGCUAUCGGAGGUUCUUAUGGAGGGAUGCUCGCGGCUUGGUUCAGGAUGAAAUAUCCCAAUAUUGUUGUCGGAGCUCUGGCAGCCUCUGCACCAAUAUGGCAGUUCCCUGGUAUGGUGCCAUGUGGGGAAUUCUACAAAAUAGUAACACAGGACUUUGCCAAAAGUGGCUAUAAUUGUGAUGCAAACAUCAGAAGGUCAUGGAAGGCUAUUAACAAUGUUUCUUCCAAUGUAUCUGGUCUUCAGUGGCUCUCAGAAGAAUUCAGUUUAUGCACUCCGCUUAAAAACAUAAUUGACGUUGCCGGCUUCAAGAACUGGCUCCAAGAGACUUGGGUGAAUCUGGCAAUGGUGGACUAUCCAUACGAGGCUAACUUUCUCCAGCCACUGCCUCGCUGGCCAAUCCAGGUGGUGUGCAAGAAUCUGGCUUUCGAUUCCACCGUGUCUGACUAUCAACUGCUGCAUGGCGUCUCCCAAGCAGCGAAGGUCUAUUACAACUACACCGGAAGCUCCUCCUGUCUCAACAUAUCUCAAACAGCAACUGGCAACCUCGGUUUCCUCGGCUGGUUUUACCAGGCCUGCACAGAGAUGGUGAUGCCGAUGUGCACAGAUGGCGUCCACGACAUGUUUGAACCCGGGGAGUGGAACUUCCAGGCCUUCUCUGAUGAGUGUAACGCCAUGUUUGGUGUCCGGCCUCGACCUGACUGGGCAGGCACAGUCUUCGGGGGGAAGGACAUCGCCUCUCACAGCAACAUUAUCUUCAGUAACGGAGGACUUGAUCCGUGGUCGGCCGGUGGAGUAACUCACAACAUAUCCAAUUCACUGAUUUCCAUCAUGAUCCCUGACGGAGCUCAUCACUUGGACCUCCGCUACAGCAAUGACAAUGACCCUCCUUCAGUUCGUGCAGCCCGGGUGUUAGAGCUGAAGUAUUUCAAGGAGUGGAUCAAGCAGGCAAAAAAGACACUGCAACACCCCCAUCAUCUUUAAAAGCUGCAAAAUGUUACCUCACUGGGAUAUUCAUGAUAUCCAGGAUUGCCUAUAGCUUUAUAUUUGUCCCUUUUUAAAUCAAUCUAGGAGAUCUUUUUUUUUUAAUCAUUAAAUUAUGACAUCUGAAAUAAAAAAAUCACUCAAGAUUUUAAUAACAAAAUUAUAAAUCACUUUGGACAGUUUUUUAAUCAUUUAGUCGUGUUCACUGCCGGCGUAUCAGACAACGAUCCUCUCUGACCUCAUUUGACACACUCCAUUUUUUUAUGCCACACUAUAAAUUUCCAAAUGCUUGGAAGACAGAAAGGUACUGGUAUUAUCUGCAAAAGUAAGAUCUGUUUGUCAAGUUAAAUGUAUUGGAAACAAUGCAGUGUAGUGUAAAUAUCUUUGCUUACUCAUGUAAUCAGCAUCA